AUGACUAAAUUGUCUGCAAGAAAUUCAUCAGCCAUCUUACUUCGGACUCUUGUCUUAACAAUUUUUAUUGCUAAAAAUAUUCUUUCUGUUGUUGCUGUAGACACUGGUAGACUCGUGCCACCACCGCGCCACUCGUCGCCAUCGCGAGGAAGGCCAGAACCGAAGGAGAGAGAGAGCUGUGCAAGGAGAAGGAGGUAUCACCGUCCCGUGGAGCUCGCGUCGCCGUCGUCACCGUCGAGGUCUUCAUCGUCUCGUCCAUGGAGAUUCGUGAACAGAGAGAAGACGCGUCGUUUUGUCCAGAGCCGCCACGGGAAGGGUCGUCGCCAUCAAGCCCAGCUACCAUCGCCGCCGUUCGUACCUCUGUCUUGCGCCGCCAGAUCUGUCGCCAUCACUAGGAAAGAAACAGAACGCACGGAUAGAGAAGGGAUUGCAGGUAGGUUUCGCUGCUGUUGGAACUCUGCUGCUGCUGCUGCCGCUGCCAUGGCCGUUGCGCCUCUGCUGCCAAGAAAUGCCACUGCUGCCACUGAGAUCCACUGUCGGGAAGGAUUUUUAAGUUGGCUUUCAUUCCUUUUGAGUUUUCAGAACCUUUUUCAUCACUGCAUGUUUGUUAUAGUCGUGGUCGCCGGAGUUCUGGUUGCCGCUGUUGCUUGGGAUGGCUGCCAGUGUUGCUGCAAAACCGAUUUAGCGACCGCCACUGUUUUGUUCUUAUUAAAUUGCUGUGUAUGCCGCAAAAGUGAUCAGGGGCUGAGGUUUCGGUUGCUGUUGGUUUUGGGCUGAGAGAAAAGUGUUCCGUCGACGCGUUUGGUUUAUGAUUUUGACAAUCGAGGUUUUUUCUUUUCAGGAUAAGGGCGACAAAGUUUCAGAAAAGUUUAUUUCAUUUUCUGUUAUUCGAUAUUUUGUAUUAUCUUAGUUAUUAUUUUUUCCUCGCCUUUAUCUUUAUUAAUUUUGUAAGAGGGAUAGGAUUUUGUGAUAUGUACAUUUGUAAGUUAUUGUUAUGUAUAUAUA